CAAACACACGUAGCAGACAAGCACAUUCCUAACACACACAUACGCAUAUUGGCUUCAACACUGACACGCUGAGAACACACGUCACCCCUGACCUCUGAACCCUUUAUCCUGCCCCUCCCACUUCGGGGCUCCUGCCCUUUCGGUUCUGUCUUGGCCUUGGAGGAGGAGGAGAAGGAGGAGGAGGAGUUGGGCCGUUCUCUCCUCCCCUCUCCAGUGUGCUGAGAGACUGGGGAUCACCAGAGGAUUCCUCCAAGGAUGGACGGUAGGGGUCUGCCUCAAGGAGCAGAGCCAGUCGUUCUUGCGUCCUUCCAGAUCAGGGUCUUGGAGGAGGUUGUCUGUUUAUAGACACCGGUUGAAGUGUGGGACCUGCACACACACACACACACACACACACACACACAACGUCCUUCACUAGAUCGAUCCUCACAACCUCAAGAUGCGGCGAUUUGACAAGCUUAAAAAGUCUUUCCUGGCACACUUCCACAUCUACAGAAAGCUGGGCGGCAGCAUGCAGUGCGAGGAAGGCUCUGAUUGGCUGCUGGAGCUGCUGAUGGAGGUCCAGCUGCAGCAGUACUUCCUGCGUGUGCGUGACGACCUCAACGUUACGCGGCUCUCGCAUUUCGACUACGUGAAGAACGAGGACCUGGAGAAGAUCGGGAUGGGGCGGCCCGGACAGAGGCGUCUGUGGGAAGCCGUGAAGCGCAGGAAAGCCAUGUGCAAGCGCAGGUCCUGGAUGAGCAAGGUGUUCAGUGUGAAGCGGCUGGACGGUGGAGACUUCCCACACUGGGGCCAGCCGGCCUCCUCCUUCCGGAAGCUUCCCCCCCCCGGGGAGGGGGUGCUACCCCUGCUGGGUGGUCCGGUGGGCGGGGGGUCGGGGCAGCAGCCGGUCCUGAGCUGCCUGAUCUCGGACCAGGACCUGACGCUGUACGAGAAGCUGGGCGACGGCUCCUUUGGCGUGGUGAAGAGGGCAGAGUGGCGCACGCCCGCUGGCAAGCUGAGCGUGGCGGUGAAGUGUCUGAAGACGGAUGCGCUGACGCAGCCCGACGCACUGGACGACUUCAUCUGCGAGGUCAACGCCAUGCACUGCCUGGACCACCAGAACCUGGUCCGCCUGUACGGGGUGGUCCUCACACAACCCAUGAAGAUGGUGACGGAGCUGGCCCCCCUGGGCUCCCUGCUGGAGCGUCUGCGGUGUGUGCGUUCCCAGGGCGCCGUGCUGGUCCACACCCUGUGCCAGUAUGCAGUGCAGGUGACAUGUGGCAUGGCCUACCUGGAGCAGAGGCGCUUCAUCCACCGGGACAUGGCAGCCAGGAACAUCCUGCUGGCGUCGGCCCACCUUGUGAAGAUCGGAGACUUCGGUCUGAUGCGGGUGCUGCCCACCGACCACGAGCAUUACGUCAUGCAGGAGCACCGCAAGGUGCCAUUCGCCUGGUGUGCCCCAGAGAGCCUGAAGACCAGGACCUUCUCCCAUGCUACUGACACCUGGAUGUUUGGGGUCACCCUGUGGGAGAUGUUCACCCACGGACAGGAGCCCUGGCUUGGGCUCAACGGCAGCCAGAUCCUCCACAAGGUGGACAAGGAGGGCGAGCGCCUUCCCCGGCCAGAAGACUGUCCCCCGGAUAUCUACCAGGUCAUGAGGCGGUGCUGGGCCCAGACGCCUGAAGACAGGCCCAGCUUCCUGGCCCUCAGGGAGUUCCUGCAGGAGAGCAUGCCAACAGACAUGUCCGCCCUCCAUGACUUUGAAGAGCAGGACAAGCUGCUGAUUCAAAUCGAUGAUGUCAUCACCGUCAUCGAAGGCAGGGCGGAGAACUUCUGGUGGCGGGGACAGAACCAGAGGACCCUGAAGCUGGGCCUGUUCCCGAGGCACGUGGUGACGGCGGUGUCCGGCCUGUCGGCCCGGUACAUCAGCCGCCCGCUGAAGAACAGCUUCAUCCACACGGGCCACGGCGACCACGACCCCCGUCGCGGCUGGGGCUUCCCCGACCGCAUCGACGAUUUGUAUCUUGGUAACCCCAUGGAUCCUCCUGAUACUCUUCUGGGUGUAGAGUUGCCCUCUCCCCGGCCCGCCCAGCUCCCCGGUCGGGCUAAAAAGCCGUGCUACGACUCCGUCCCCGAGGAUGAGGAUGCACCGCUGGGACGCACAGGGCGACUGUUGCUACGGAAACCGGCUUCCAUCAUGGGGCUCAAGCUCAAGCCGGCCGCCUGGGUCUUGGCCACCAGGCACACGUCGGGGGGGCGGGGCUCCGGCCCGGGCCACGCCCCUCACAGCGAGGUGUCGCUCAUUGACUUCGGGGAGGAGUUCUCUUCACCUUCCCCUGUCACGGAGAUCCCCGUCCCCUCAUUGGCCAAGCUGGCGUUGGACGUGGACCACCUGCUGGACCAGACCCCCCCCCAGGGCCCUUCCGGGCCCUUGCUGCGGCUCCUCCACCCCACGCCGUUGGUGGACUGGAACGCCCGACCGCUACCCCCGCCCCCUGAGUACGACCGCGUGGCGCAGGACGAGGACAUUGAGGUGAGCUCCUUCACCAGCGUGGAGCAGCAGUAUGCAGAGCCCCCGAGGGACGGCACUCCUCCCCGUGGGUUGGUGGAGGGGGAGACCCUCUGCCCCCCGGGCGUCAAUGCCCUGCGUCAAUGCCCUGUCAAUGCCCUGCCCCUCCCCCCGCCACCUGCCCCUUCCUCCUCCUCCGUGGCGGCGUCCCUCUUCCAGGAGCUCCAGAAGGAGGUUAUGAGGAGGCUCAGCGCCCCCCCCCCGGGAGCAGGGGGAGGAGCCUCUCCCUCCCGGACGCCGCUGGCUUCGUCUCAGGAGCCGGUCGAGACGCACAAGGUGGUGCCGUCGUUCACCGAGGACAGACCCCAGAUACCGCCCCGCGUCCCCAUCCCCCCGCGGCCGCUGAAGAGGGGCGACUACACGCCCUUCCGCUGGUCGGCUGACCACUCCCUGUCGCCGCCCCCCACCACCGCCUCAGUGGAGGACCUCUCAGGCCCGGAGACCAGGGGCAUACCGCCUCAGAUCCCCCCAAGGGAUCCUCUGUCACCGCCCGGCUCCAGGACCCCAAGCCCCAUGGGCCUGGGGCUGGGCUCCCCCCACCAAAGAGCCUUCUCAACCAGCCCCGGCACCCAGUCGGCUCCCAUCGCCUCCCCCUGCUCCUACCUCACAAGCUCCCUAGGGAAACUCAUGCCAACUACACACAGCUUCGCCUCAGACCCCAAGUAUACCGCGCCCAAGGUGAUCCAUGCCCAGCCGUACCCCAAGGACCUGGCCAGUAAGGGUCCCUGCAUCCUCCCCAUCGUCCGCGACGGCCUCAAGGUCAGCAGCACCCAUUACUACCUCCUGCCCGACCGGCCUCCGUACCUCGACCGCUACGACCGCUUCUUCCGGGAGGCCGAGAGUCUGUCCACCCACACCCCCCCUGGCGGUGGGGGUGCGGAGGACAGGCAGACGCGUCAGGCGAACACGGCCACCGUCAGACCCAUGGUGGUCAGCAGCCAGACCCUCGUCCAGGGUCUGGGCCAGGGCCAAGGUCUGGGCCAGAGCCAGACCCUCGUCCAGGGUCUGGGCCAGGGCCAAGGUCUGGGCCAGGGUCAGGGCCUUGGCCAGGGUCUGGGCCAGGGCCAAGGUCUGGGCCUGGGCCAGGAUCUGGGCCAGGGUCUGGGUCAGGGCCUUGGCCAGGGUCUGGGCCAGGGUCAGGGUCAGGGCCAGGGUCAGGGUCAGGGCCAGCUUGGUGACCUCAAGGCUAACCCCUCCUCCAACAACAACAGCAGCCUGGGCGGGGUCCGGGGUCCGGGGCUGAGGACCUCGUUGAGUCUGCCCAGGGUCUGUUCAGAAGGUUCUGAAGCCCCGGGAGCUCCCGAGGCUGAGACGAGCAGGGCUGAGACGGUCCACAUGGUGCAGCAGGCUGUGCACGGAGUGACCGUGGAGGAAUGCCAGACGGCCCUCCAGAACCAAGGCUGGAGCGUUCUCCAAGCCGUGCACUAUCUCAAGGUGGAGCAGUUGUUCUGCCUGGGUGUGGGGACCAGGGCAGAGUGCCUGAAGCUGCUGGAGGUCUGUGAGUGGAACCUGGAGCUGGCCAGCACCCAGCUGCUGGACAGCUGGGGCUCCACCAGGAGACAGAGGCGGUGAUGGAUAUCUGCUCACUUCCGCUCCUCUAGUAGGAUAUCAGCUUGUUGCCGUGGACACAGGGUCGGUCUGUGGGCUCCUCCCAUGUUUGACCCCGGGUUUGAAGCCUUAUCAUGGGGGAGGAAUGGACAGAAAUUGAGAAUCGCCUCAGCCCAAUUCAAUUUACUCUGCACAAAAUGAUGAGGACACCUGAUAAAUAAAAACGCUAGCAGAAAGGAAACAUCCACAACUGAAAGACAGAUAUAAAUCAUAUUGAUGUCUAUUCUCGCCCUAGUAAUGACCUUUGAGCUGCACUAA